UAAUAACUGUGUCUUUCUAAUUGGGCCUUAAGCUUUUUAGUAAUGUAAAAAUAUUCUUUAAUAAAUGUAACUGCUUGUUAUAUUGUUACAAACUUACUGUAAAACUCACCAGCCAUAUGAAUCUAGGAACUUUUUGAUAUUGGUUGUAAUCGUAGUUUAAUGUUAUUCAUGGCUGUAAACAGAAAGUUUUGAUUAUAACCUAUACUAUGAUUCAAUUACAAUUUAAAAGAAGAAAUGUUCUUUGUAAACUUAAUAUGUUAAUUUGUUUUUUAUAUAUGUUACAAAAUGUCUGAAUUUGAAGAUCUGAAAAAUGCUAUUUCAUGUUUAAAUAAAAGUGUCUCCGAGUUUCCAAUUGGGGCUAUCUCCAUAGAAGAUUUUAAACCAAUUGAAGAAAAAAUUAGAACUACACGAGAAUCGUUGAAACGUCAAAAUGCAAAAUUAUUAACACUUAAAUCACAGUAUGACUUCUAUGCAACGAAUGAAGAACCAGAGGGAAAUAUAAAAGACACAGUAACAGAUUUACAUGAAGCAACAGCAAAUUCUCAUAUAAAUAAUGCAGUGGUUAAACUAUGUCUUCAUUCUUAUACCAUUCAAGCUAUUUUAGAAGGCAAAGAAAGUGACAAUGAUAUGCUAAGAAAAAUUUAUGCUUAUAUGAGUAAGCUUUUUACUUUGAAUGAUAAUAUUUUGUUAUUACAAAAUGAAAUAGAAGAUGCGUUAAAAGUGCAACUGCAAUUAAAAAUUCAGUGCCGUAAUGCAUUAUUCGAGUAUAAAAGUUUUUUAAAGGAGCAGGAGGAAAUAUGUAACAAAAAGCUACAAGAAAUAAAUCCUGAAUUAGUAAAAAAUAAAGAAAAAACAAAUAAAACUAUAAGAAGUAUUAAUCUAAUGAAAAAACUAAUUGUAAAUUUUAUUGCCGCUUCUAAUCAUAUGUUAUUUAAAAAACCAUUUUUGGUAAAAAUGCUAGAAGAACAUAGAGAGUUAAUUAAUAUUGAAACAAUUUCAAAAAUAUCUCAAAAUAAUUCAGAAAACGAAGAAGAUAAAAGCUAAAUACUCAAAUGAAUGAUAUUUAAGUAACAUUUUAUAUUAUUUAUUGUUUUUGUACUUUCGUACUUGUACUAUAUUUUUAAUGCA